GCGAUGGUGGAAGGACCCGGAUGCACCCUGAACGGAGAGAGAAUCCGCGCGAAAGUCCAAAAAGGACAGAAGGUGGUAAAAGUGAGCGGCGCUUCUGCAGCUAGAAAUGAUGGCGUUGGUCCCUCUGUGCAGUGCAUCACUGGAUGCACGUACACCGGAGUGCAGACGCUGGGCAAAGAGCUGUUCAUGUAUUUUGGCCCCAGAGCUUUAAGGCUGCACUUUGGCAUGAACGGGUCGAUGCGAAUAAACCUGGCUGAAAUGCGGGAUGGCAGAGGACAUUCUCCCACCUUUCUCAUCCACCUGACCAAAGACACAAUCUGCUUCUUUGACUCCACUGUGGAAAUCCGGCUGUCUGAGGACUGUGAAGAGAAGGUUCGAGUCAAGGCAAGUUUGGACGUUUGUUCUCCAAUCUUCAGCGUGUCCCGUGCAGUGGAGGCGGUGUGUAUGGAGAGUGGUCGAAUGUUGUGUGACGUCCUGCUGGAUCAGGCUGUCCUGCCCGGUGUUGGGAACAUCAUCAAAAACGAAGCGCUCUUCAACAGCGGCCUCAACCCUGCUGUCAAGGUGAAUCAGCUGACGAAUGAGCAGGUCAAGCAUUUGGUGAAAAUGACGCGAGACUUCACCAUACUCUUUUAUCAGUGCCGUAAGAGGGGCUCUUCACUGAAUCAGCACUAUAAAGUGUACAGACGCUCCAACUGUGGUCAGUGCAGUGGAACGAUCACCUUAUGUCGCCUCGGAGACAACAACAGGAUGACGUAUUUCUGCCAGCGUUGUCAGACUGAAGAUCCAACUGAGCUCGACAUCAGUAAGCUGCCCAGUAUGAACACUUUGCUGGAAUGGACGAGUCAGGAAGACGAGAGCAGCAGUGAUCACGUUGCCACGAGGGAGGAGGAAGAGUGGACAUGUGACCUUUGCACUUUGAUUAACCGACCAGUCAGCAAAUCCUGUGAGGCCUGUCUGAGCCCUCGGCCUGAGAUUUCUAGAGAUGCAGCACAGCGGCCACAGUUGCCCAGCGCUCUGAUCCGCUACCCCUGCAACAGCUUCUCCAGCCCCCAGCCAGACCUGAAACUGAACCGCAGGGCUGCUUUCGGACACACCACUCUGAUCCUGACCGACCUCAACCGAAAACCUGCUGCAGCUCUGAAGAAUCCUCCGGCAGGGACCCAGCUUGAGCUCCAGAACAGCAGACGCAGUGCUGGGAUUGGGACGCAGCCUAUACAAACCUCUCCUGGAUCUCCCAGCCAGCCCAGCAAGAGAAGAAAAACAGAAGGAGGACACCUUCCUGGAGGAGACAACCAGCGUUCCUCAGGCAGUGGCACACAGAACCAACUGCCAUCUUCACCCACAACCCCCUGCUGCGCCACCCAUCGCCGGUCCACCGUCCUGAGAGUGGUUAAUAAAGCGGGAGCGAACAAAGGCAGGCAGUUCUACACCUGCUCCUUACCCAGAGGAUCCCAGUGUGACUUCUUUGAGUGGGCAGAUCUGCACUUCCCUCUGUGUCACCACGCCAAACGCACCUUGAUGAGGACCGUUCUGAAACUGGGACCCAACAACGGCCGAAACUUUUACACGUGUCCACUCAAACAGGGUCAGCAGUGUGACUUCUUCCAGUGGGUUUAAAACAGCCCUGAGCCCAACGGUCUGCUUGGACCCUAAACCGGUCAAACCCAUCUAAAUCAUGCACAUCCUAAACAUAUGUUGUUGCCGUCAUUUUUGAAUGUCUUUUAAAUAUGUUAACAUAGAGUUAUUAGUAAUUCUGAUGUACUCCUGCAGUAACGGCCCAACCUUGAGGACCACAAAGACAAAACAAAGUAAACUUUACGUAGAAUUUAGGUAGGGUUUAUGUAUUUUACAAUAUUACACUAUAUCUUGUUACAGAAAUACUUCAAAUAUUAAAUUUUUUAUCAUGUUAUAAGCUAUAUAUGGUAUAUAAAUGUAGCCAUUUGCAAAAGAUUGAGUGUCCCUGGUCAAACUGCAUAUUUUGUUGAUUUUCUAAGUGAAAAUAAAUUGACUUUCUAAGUGGAAAUAAGACACAUCCUCUAUAGAGAACACAUUUCUCCACAUUUAAUGUACAAUAAAAAAAUUAAUAAAUAAAAUGUGGACCGUGCAAAACUUCUGGCACUUUUUCCCCCAAAUACGUUAAGCUCAGCAAAUACAGAAACCAUGCACUACCAUUUUCAACAAAAUGUGUUCUCUGUAGGGGAUGUGUUUAAAAUUAUUUUUGAGAAAAUCGUCAAAACAUCUAAUUUGACCUGGGAGUGUUAGCAUCACUUUCUGGUGGAACAAAUCUUUCUGGGCAAACUUUGUGCAUUGAUUGUCAAACAAAGACAAUAUCCAGUUGAGUUUGGAAAAAUAUUAGUUUAUUUUAACACGUGCCCAAAUACUUGUAAAAAUGUAUACUGCAGUAAUAAAAACAAUACAAUAAUCUAU